AUGGCCACCGUCGGGCUCAUCCCCAACUGGUACCCGCCGACCCGCGAGAACUAUGAACUGAUUCUCUCGCUGUGGAAAUGGUUUCCUGUCUUCGCCUCCCUCCAAUGGGCAAUCCCCUGGUACGGCAUGGGCAAAACCUCCGUGACCUCCCGCCUCAACCUCCCCGGCCGCAUCGGCUGGCUGACCAUGGAAUCCCCCGGCUUCCUCACCCUCCUCUACACCUUUUCCACUCUCCCCUCUCAACUCUUUUCGUCCACUUCCCCCAUCUUAGAGAAAGAAGGCCUCCCCUGGCAAAACAAAGUCCUAGCCUUCCUCUUCGUGCUCCACUACACCUACCGCGCCCUCCUCUUCCCCUUCCUCCAACCCUCCAUGUCCCCCUUACACAUCGUCAUCUGGGUAGCGGGGGCCGGGUUCCAGGUUGUCAACGGCCUGAUGCUGGGGGCUUGGUUGGGCGGGUACGGGCCGACGACUCAGGCGGAGUGGGCCUCGCAGUUGAGUUUCCCGGGCGGUUGGGGAGGUGGAAUGGUCCAGUUUGUGGUUGGACUCGGGGUGUUUUAUGUGGGGCUGGCGGCGAAUUAUUAUCAUGAUGAUGAGUUGAGGGAGAUUAGGAGGCGGGCGGGCCGGAGGGCGAGGGAGGUUGCUGCUAAGGAUGGGAAGCCGGGUCCGAAUCAGGGACAGGGUCAGAGUGAAAAGGGGGCUGGGAAAGGAGUGGACAAACACUAUGAGAUUCCGCAGGCGGGGUUGUUCAAGGUGAUGCUGUAUCCGCACUAUUUUGUGGAGUGGGUGGAGUGGUUUGGGUUUUGGAUGGCGGCGGGCUGGGGGUGUGUGCCGGCGCGGUGUUUUGUGCUGAAUGAGAUUGCCGCGAUGCUGCCGCGGGCUGUGAGCGGGCGGAAGUGGUAUGCGGAGAAGUUUGGGGAGGAGCGGAUCCGUGGAAGGUGGGCGGUUAUUCCGGGGGUGUGGUAG